AUGGAUGAAUUCUUGUCCACAGACUUGGUUGCCGACGUCGACGAGGCCACGGACCUGUUUGCAGCAUCCGAUGCUGGUGAGCCCGAGGGUGACUCAGAUCCUUUAAAAGGAUUCAGGUUACGGUGGGCCAAGAAAAGAAAAGUCGAAGAAGAUGAAAUUGUGCCAUCUCCAAGUUUGGUCAGUUCAGAUUUUCUUGCACAGAAUCAGCAACAGGUUUCAGAGCCGCCAUUGUCAGCUGCUACUGACAGAGACCACACUACGUCUGUCACCAAUGCUUUCCUAACUGGUAUGAAACCCUCAACAAUUGUGUUGCCCUGGGAACAAUCAUGGUUGGCACCAAUCUUUGGUGAUCCUCUUGCGGCACCGUCAUUGAGCAUGCCAGCAAAUUGGAAUGCCCAGCUUUUGGAUCCCAUUGUAGAUGUCUUCCCAGGUGUCGAGGUGCAACCAAAAGAGCCGUUGGUAUUUGCAGUUUCGAAAUGCAUAAAGAACAGGGUUGACAGAUCGUUCAUCGAUGAGCGUGCGGUCCAGACUGACAAGGCGAUUGCAAAGUUGAAGUGCCUGUUGGAGAUUGAACUUGAGUUCAGUGGUGUCGGACGACAACUGAUGAGCGAGGCAACUGAGCAGGGCAGGAGUGACGUCUUGCUGGCAAUCCUGGGAACACGCAGCCCCGGGACAGUCAUUAAGAGGGUCAAUGCAUUGCUUCAUUUUUACAGAUGGUUUUGCACGCAGUUUGAACUUGAAUUUCUGCCCAUGUGUGAGAACGUGGCUUGGGAGUACAUCCAGCACUUGAGGACCUCGAAUGCAGCCCCCACAAAGGCAACAUCAUUUGUUCAGGCACUGCGUUUUGGGCACUACAUACUUCAAAUUGAUGGAGCAGAGGCGUGCAUCAACAGCAGGAGAAUUAUUGGAUCUGCAGAGUUACAGCUGGCCAUGAAGUCGGCGACAAAGCAGGCAAGGCCAUUGACCGUCGCCGAGGUCAGAAAGUUGCAUGCCGUGACUACUGACCAGUCAGCAAGUUUGCAGCAGAGGGUAUUAGCAUCACACCUUCUUAUGAUGCUGUACACCCGGAGUCGGACGAGCGACCUGGCCCAUGUUCAUGAAGUUCUCCAUGAUGUGAGUGCGAAGGCAUCCUCAUCUGGUGCCCCCGACUUCAUACAGAUUUCGACGAGGUAUCACAAGGCGGCCAAGAGUGCUGAGAAGAAAAGUCUUCUCUUGCCAAUCCUAGCAUCGUCGACAGCAGUGUUCCACGAUGAUUGGUUAUCAACGUGGCUGAAACUUCGCAGGCAAGCUGGAUUGAGGGUUGCUGGAGUUUUUGACUGUGCAAUUCAACCAGCCCCAGACCUUAGCCGGGAGGGGGCCUGGUUGCGCCGGCCUCUUACAUGCUCAGAGACGACAUCGGUUAUCCGGUGUCUUUUGCAGAUUGAGGACCGAGACGUCACGUCUCACUCGCUCAAGACGACAUGUUUGUCUUGGGCAGCAAAAGCUGAACUACCCCGAGAUCAACGCAGAUUACUUGGCAGGCACUCAUCAAGUUUGCAGGACUCAGACUCCAUCUAUGCUCGGGACCUUGCUGUGGCCCCGGUGAAGGCCCUGCAGCGGGUCCUCACUCUUAUUAGAGAGGGUGAAUUCGAACCGGAUCAACCUCGAGCCGAUUUCUUCAAAGGGGCCAAUCCAUUGGCGCCGGGCACGCCAGCACCAGUCUUUCAGCCUGGAACGCCGGCUUUUCUGACGAAAGAGACAAGAACUGAGCCUUGCGUUGCUGCGGUUCCAGAUGAUGAGUGGGAGCACAUCACACCAAAGAAGGAGGUUGAGUGCAUUGAGGUUGACGGUGUUCUGCAGGCGUUUGAGAUUGAGGUCCUGUCGUCAUCGGAUUCAUCGUCGUCGACAUCAGGUUGCGAUGACGUUGACUCGGACGUGGAGAAUGAGGUGGAAGUCAGUGAUGACAGGCGUCCACCCCAUGAAGACAGGUUUUCAUUGGACGUCAUGGUGAAGAAUGGGAGGACGGGCAUGAUCCAUAGUGUCCCAGACCUCGGCGCAGACAUUUCUGGGUCAGUCUACGCAAAUGGCGAGCUUCUUCAAAAGAAGACUACGAAGUGUGGACGGCUCACGUCAGCCGGUUUCAUUGUGGUGCAGACAGUUCCAGAUUGGACUGCCAAAUGGAUGCCGGUGCCAGAAUUGGAAUUUACAAGGAACGUGUUGGGCGCGAUGGCCACAAUGCAAGACGUGAGCUCCCUCAGGCGUUUGCUGUUUGAGGCCCAAACGUUGGUCAUGGCUCAGUUGCGCGAGCAGGUCUCGAACCCCGAGAUGCAAAUGACUCGAAAGAUGCCGCCAGUGGAGAGGGAAGCAAAAAUGAGACAACUGAGAGCCAGGCUGCCUGGCGUUUUGCUUGAGCAUCAGCUGGAGCCUUCGCAUGCCCUUUUGAACCUUGUGACCAAGCAAUUGCAGUACAUAGAGAUUGCAAAACUUACCAGUCGUGAACAUGAGGUAUUAUACUCCAAGUCAUCGAAGCAGCUGCAUGUUGACGCUGACAAGCUGCUGGUCAAGGAGGAGGCCAAGGUCCCUGACCAAGCUGCGAGCACAGAGCUCCAGGUGCUUGAAGCCCUGAAAAGACGUGGGGUAGCAUUUGCAUUUAUCGAUGCACUAUCUUGGGAUGUUCAUGAGCGCUACCUCCAAUCCCUCUUCAACCACCUGCGGACCGAGGCGCGCGAUGGAUAUGUGAAGACGACACUGCAACAGCUUCUCCGGGCUGACCGACAGGUUUUUCUCACUUUGAUCCGAAAGGAUGUGGAUGUUAGAAGGAAACCGGAUGACACUCUUGAGAUGGACACAGAGAUCAUGAACGCUUUACAAUCCUACGAAGUGGGUUUUCACUUGAUGCCACUGCCGAAGGCCAAAACGGCUGAAGCCAAACCCCAGCAGCCCUCUGCUUCUGGACAGCCAAGUCAGCCAUCGAAUUGGCAGUCACGUGCAGGUCAGCCUUAUCACAAGGGCUCCAAAGGAAAAGGAAAAGGCAAAGGAAAAGGGGAAAAGGUGGCAAACAUCUUGCCAGCCGAGUUGCAGAACAAGGGCUGCGUUGGAACGGAUGAUCACAAUCGAAGGCUGUGUUUCAACUUUAACCUCAACAAGUGCCAGGACGCUGCACAUGAACGCGUCUUUGACCUGGCAAGCAAAGGCGCUAGUUUGGAAGAUUGCCUCAUAGUGGAGAUCUUUGCAGGUUCAUCACGUGUCACGGCCUCGUUGAAACAGCUAGGACAAAGUAGCCGGCAUAAGCACGCCCAAUGGGGACUGAAUGCAACCAAUGGGUUUUCAACGGCUGAUGAGACAGCCUAUCCAAUGGGUGCAGCCAUGCUCUUUGCAGGCAUUGCAGAAGAUGAGAGCUUCCGUUGGAUAUCAGGCGAAUUUCUGCAGACCCUGACCUUGAAUGAGGGAGACUCGGGUGCCACUGAGGAUUGGCAGCUUCAGGUUUGGGGGACUCCUUGGACACCGGAGGAGUUUGUUGACAGGGCAGUUGUUGCCGGUCACCCAGCGAAGCUGCACUCUUUUCUGCCACUGUUGUUGCGGGACUGCAUUGAGAAGUCUCUGACGAAGUCAUGCUCACAGCGCAUGGCUCACAGGGCCCAAGCUCUGAAGCACUGGCUGCGAAGGUCGAUUCAGCUCAAACAUCAAGAGGAAGAGCUAGUGCGGACCUUGGAACCUGGAGUUGCUGAAGUCCUGCAAGGCAAGAGGAUCCUUGUCUGGAAAGAAAUGCUACAGUCCAUCAACUACAGCGAUAUGGGUGUUGUCGAUGAGUUCUGCGCUGGCUCCAGGUUGACAGGGCAGACAGACCUAACAAACCUGUGGCAAUCAAAGGUCACCCCUGCCACCAUGACGGAGGGCGAGUUGCAUGCCCAAGCAAGGUUGCAGCGGGACGGUAUCUGUGAAAGAAAACGGCAGGUUUUCUGUGGGACAGAAGCAGGUGGCUGGUCUGCCAUUUUGGCUCAAGCUGACCAGAUGCAAUCGAUUGGGGCCCUUCGCCAGCACUACAAUUUGCCGGACAACGUGUGGAACGCGUUCGUGCAGAUUGCGGGGGACCCGAUGGACGAUAUGCGACUUUUGGCUGUCCUACCUCCAAGCAUUGUUUCGGCAGCACUGGAGCGCAGUCAGUUGCCGGACGGGAGCUAUUUGAGCGCAGUGCAGGCCUCCCAUGUGGGAUUAGUCUACAAUUUAUCCAGGCGCAUACAACACACCCGAAGCGGUGGGGAUUGGGAUGCUUGGGUAGAAUCAUCCCCAUUUGGAGAUCAACGCAUCACGGUGGAGCCUGCGGUGACGAAGGACGCGUCAGACAGCAACGAAAGGAAAAUGAAAAUGACACAGAUCUUGGACCAGAUGGACGAUGGGGACUUUACGGUGCAGACGGAGGAGAUGAGAGCCAAGUGGUACCAAAGGAUCACAUGGCAUGCCCCGCACUCCAGCGGAACAACUCGCCUCAGGGCACAUGCAGGGAGGUCUCAGCGCCAUCACACCUGUCGUGGAGUCCUACAACAACAACACGAAGGCACAGGGCUCAACAGAGCCAUCAAGGAGGAGAAAACGCAAGUGGAGGAACGAUCAAGGCGCUGGAGAAGAUUCAAGGCCUUCAAAAGGAGCAAAUCCAGAAAAAGGAAAGGGAAAAGGAAGCAAAGGCAGCAGCGGCCAGAAAUGCUAUUCUUGGAACAAUGGCAAUGGAGUCUGUGGUGCACUCGCCCCUGGACAGAAGUGUCAAGCUCGGAUUCAACGUCUACACAAAUGCACCAUAUGCGAUUCACCGGGCCAUCCAAGCAGGGAGUGCCCGAAGAACAAGGAUCAGUGAAAGUUUGUGGAGAAGGUCAACAACACGAAGGCACAGGUGCAAAAUCUGAGAAGCCCGAGCCCAAGCCAGAAGCGGAGUCCUCAGCAGAGUACACCUACACCUACGAGACAGACGAAGGUGAAGCUGAAGACGGUGACGAAGGCCAGGAGGAUCCUGAUGAAAAGGACCCAUUGAUGUCACAGACAUUGGAAGAAUAUUAUCAGAAGAGGGUCUUCAUCUUCAUCCAUCACUUCGCGGGCCCUGCAGACCCACUCACAACAGCCAUGAGGAACGAAUCCCUCAAGCAGGGCAUCAGGCUCAAAGCCUACAGCGUAGAGAAGGAAAGCGGCACUGGAGAUCUCCUAGCCGAUGAACCGUACAAUACCCACUUGAGGUGGGCGAAGCGGGGCUAUGUCGAUGCAUUUCAUGCAGGAUUUCCAUGUUCUACAUUUUCCCGUUUGAGGUUCCGGCGAAGGGAAGGUUUACCGGGGCCAGUUCGGACGAAGUUCGAGCCUUAUGGACGGCUCACCAACAAUCCUGCUGCCCAAGCUGAGUGCGACCGGGGCACCGUCAUGGCAUGCAGAGCCAUAGACAUGGCCACAGCAGUGGGGGAAUCAAAACGAGUGUCAAGCGUGGGUGCAAUAGCAACUCUUGAAAAUCCCCCGCCAUCAAAUGAGCCUGAACACCUGUCAGCUUGGGAGUUGCCGGAGAUGGAGAAGUUCAGAAGAGUCAGACCGAGCCAGGGAGUGAUCUUCAACACCUGCCGGUAUGAAGAAGAUCUUGAACUUGGAAAACGCCACUUCAAGCCUCAGCAGUUCGAAGGCACGUUGAGGGGCAUGCAAUGCCUGUCACUCGAAUGCACUUGCGGGGAACCGGGCAACCAUGAUUCGAUCACGGGCCCUGCAAAAUCCAAAGCCUCGGCAACAUACCCCAAGGCCUUGUGUGAAGCUUACGCAAGACUUGCUGUGGAACAUUUGAAAUUGAUGGGCAAGGAGGAGUUCUUAAGAUCCCGUAUGGCAUCGCUGCAGAACACCAUCGACGUGGCGAAGGCUCGGAUUGUGAAAAGGGAUGAACCAUUUGGCCCCGACGCGCACGUCCAAGACGAGAAGAAGACGAAGGCGAAAGAAGCCAGAUCGAGGUCUAGGAGAAGAGUCCAUUAUCCUUCCCUUAGCCCUCCUACAAGACGUGAAUACAAAGCAGCAACGAUGCAUGAGAGGCCCAAAAGCCAAGCAAGGCCACCUCUCAAAAGAAGGAAAAGGAACAUGACUCCUCCCGAGGUCAAACUCAAGCCAGCCAAGGACGCGCUGAACACCCCCGAAGCGUAUUGGCAAGGUGGAGAAGGAAAACACGAAGCGCUCAGGCCAAGCACCUCGAAAGAAGCGGAUCCUUCUCUGCUGGAAUUCGUGGGAGGCAUGAAGGACCCAUACAAGGUAGUCUUGCCCAGGGCCACGCUACUGUCUCUGGGGCUGCGAAUCAGGGCGGCAUGGGAAACGCUGGAGAGGAGGCACAAAGAUGCACAUGAAGUUUCAGAGAAAUACGGAACGCCUGACUGCGAGAUGAAACACCACCUUGUGAGGGAGUGGAAAGCAGCUCUACGCAAAGUGCUAGGAGCUCAAGCGCCGCCUGCAGUCAAGAUCAAACCAAGGUGGAAGUAUGUGUCGCCCCUGGACCCGGAACUGCUGGAAGCCUGGGUCUCGAAAGGCUCGAACUUGGACUACCACGGCAACCAUGAGUUGGAGGACGCCGAAGCCCAGAUGAGCCACGGAGAAAUACUCAAUUACACCUCCGUCCUGGAAAACUUGGAAGACGCCCGCAUCGAGCUGAACCGGUACAAAGCGGAAGGCUUCAUGGUUGACGUCGACAAGGAGACGGUGCAGAAGGAAAUGUCUCACGGGACCAUCAGCCGUUUGGGCCUUAUUGUGAAGCAGAAGCCCGAGGGAGUCAAAAGGCGCAUCAUUUUGGAUUUGCGCCGGUCUGGGGGCAAUCGCAAAGCAGUGCUGCCAGAGAAGUUGGUGUUACCGAGACCACGAGAUGCAGUUGCCAUGAUGAGGGAUGUGUACAACCAACGCAGAGGAUGCGGAAGCGAUGAAGGCUACACACGUGAGCUGGUAGUGGUGGACAUCUCGGACGCCUUCAUGUCCUUGGCAGUUCACGAAGCUGAACUGCCACACACCCUUGCACCUCACGUAGAUGGCGAAGGUUUCCAUCUAUUUGUCGCCCUCCUCUUCGGCUUCAAAACUGCACCAUUGUUGUGGUCUCGAGUGGCAGCACUCGUCUCAAGACUCCUUCAGUCGCUGGUCCAAGGCAACGAAGCCCAGCACCAGACAUAUUUGGACGACGGUUUGUGGAUCCUUCAAGGGACGCUGAAGGAGAGAAACAGCAUACUGGCAAUGGUCAUCACGACACUCUUCGCCUUGGGCCUGAAGGUUUCCCUGAAGAAAGGCCUGAGAUCAUCUCAAGUGCAAUGGGUGGGCGUCAGAUUCACACUCAACGAGGACGCCAUCAUCUUGGGCCUGCCUGACAAACUCAUGUCGGACCUGCUGCAAGUCCUCAAAUCUUGGGCAAAUGCUGGCAUGGCGCCGAUAAAGGAGUUGAGACAGGUCGCAGGCCGCACCUCCUGGGUUUCAGGGAUUUUGCCACGUACGCGAUGGGUGGUCGCCGUAUUUUACAGAGUGUUGCACGAGAGGCUGAACGACAUAGCAUCAGGCAAAGAAGAAGAACGUCGCCAGCAUCGCAGGGAUGACAGAGCCAAAGGAGGCCUCUUCGUGGUCAAGCAAUUGGAACAACCGCGAGUGUGGCUGAUCAAAUACUUGGAGGUGGCGAUGACAAAACCCACGAGGCGCCUCAAGCUUGACACCAUGAAGUACCCGAAGGCCACAAUCGUCACAGACGCGUCGCCUUUGGGUGCGGGCGCAAUUUUGCUUAUCAACAACCGCAUCACGAAGGCAUACACCACCAAAGUGACGCACAGAGAUGCCAGGCUCCUAGGAUUCGAAGACAGCUGGGAACAGGCAGCCUCUCAAGGGAUUGCAGAGACGUUAUCGGUGUUGCUGGCCCUCAAACAUUGGGCGAAAGAACUGCAGUCCUGCCACGUGGAGCUUCAAGUGCAAAGCGACAGCUUGGUGGCCUUGGCUACAGCGAAGCGUCUGUCGAGCUCUACAUCGACGCUGAACUUUCUUGGCGCCGAGAUAGCCCUGGUAUGCGAAGAGAUCGGCAUUGAAGGUCUCAGGACGUCCCACAUUCCAGGGUCGGCCAAUACGUCGGCGGACUGGCUCAGCAGGCCAGACAAGAUUGCGAAGGAUGAAAUGCCAGUGGAACUCAAGGGAAUCCCCAUACACAAUGAGUUGCAAGUUCGGGGACCUGAGUUUUACCACUUGGCACCGCCGCAGUUGGCCCCGGAUUUGUGGCAUUGUCCCUUACGUGCCUGCUGGGCCACCAGCACUCUCUGCUGUGCCAUGGUAUCCUUCGACAUGGGGCUACGUGGCACUGCUCACCCUUCUGCUGGCGAGCUGGGGCAUAGUAGCUUGGUGCCUCUGCUGUUCCGCAACCGAGAGAGCACCCAAACAGCAGCACCUCAAGCAGAAGGGUGCCUCUUCCGCUUACUCCGGGACCCUCCCAAUGUCGCGGUACCCCAAGGAAGGCGUGUCUUUGGCGACGUUUAUCACAAGGAGGGAUCAAGUGUGGAGAGAUCAUCAUCUGAGGGGAGGCGACUGCUGGCUAGUGCUGGAUUAGCCGACAACACUUCAGUCGAUGGACCCAAUGACCCCUUUGACAAAGAGGAAUCACUCACGUCAACAGAGCUCUAUGGCACGAAGGAUAGGUGGGACAUCACCUCUCCCAAAUCUCAGUCCGGGAAGAGUGAAGGUAGCCCCGAAUCGAUGAACAAGUUCCCGCCAGAUCCUCCCUCGAGCGUUCCAGAAGGCGCACAACACAAAGGGCCUUGGUGGAGGGAAUUGUUAGCUUCACCUGUGAAGAAACUACGCCUAGCCGAACUGGGGCGCAACUUCAGAGCACUAGCUAUGCCCUCUUAUGAACUGCCGCCUGUGGAAACGCCUACAACAGGCAUUUUGCCUUUCGACAUGCACACGAAGGUUACGGAUCAGUCUCAGGGGUCUAUCAAACCUAAGAGCACGUUGGCCAAAGUUAGGAAAGACCUUCCAAAGAGGUCAUCUGGUGCGAAGCUACCCAAGCCCAACAGAAGGUCGGCGGUGAAGCUCGCAAAAGCGAAAUGCGCCCUGGCUGGCAUUGUAGCAAGGGUGGAGAAGGACUUUUGUGCAAACUCCUCAAGAGCAGCACGUGCGUCAAAGCGCAACACCAUCAAACAAAUACUUCGUGCAGGUAACGAGGGUCUCCCGUUGACACCAUUUUCACUAAAACUGCUUGCUGGCACUCUACGCGAAUCGGGCUACAAAUCGGCGCACUCCUAUCUCAUCGAAGCCAAGCUCGAACAUGUGGAGGCCGGACAUCACUGGACGAGUCUGUUGGAUCGUCAUUUCAAGCUUUGCAUGGCAGCCGCCAAACGAGGAACAGGACCUCGAAAGAAAGCAGCAGAAGUACCCGAAGGAACAUGGACCGACCAUUCGUUGCUGGAGGACCCUUCCGUGGCCGGCCUGAAGGUUCUGCAUUCAGCAUUGCUGUUCGCUUGCGGUGUUCAUUGGAUGAUGCGGGAGAUUGAACUCUCGAACUUGCGCACGGAGGACAUCAGAUUCGACUGUGCAAAUCGAAUGGUCACCAUCCUUUGGAGAGAAUCCAAGAAGGAUACCGAAGGCAUCGGCAUCUCACGCACACUUCAGUGCUUGUGUGAGAAUGGCUGCGACCUGAAGUGCCCCUACGCAGUGUUGGAGACAUUAGUGAACCACGCGACGCUGAGGGGUACUCCGAUGGGGGCCAUCGCGAUGGGCAAGAAGGGGCGCCUGGCCACCAAAGCCGACAUCGUCCACGAUUGGAGGAAGCUCUACGGCAAGGACGUCACAGGCCACUCAACUCGAAGAAGCGGUGCCUUGCAAUACAUCAGGAAAGGAUGGGCGGUGUCACAAGUAGGAUACCUGGGCCGUUGGAAGAGCAACAUCAUAAUGGAGUACGCACAGGAAGCACUGGAAUCCAUGGCGGUGAACAACACACAAUGUUUCGGUGUCAGCGGAGCCCAACUACAGAUGGCCCAACAGCUGAUCAAAGGAAACGCUCAGUGCAACGACAACCAACAGCUCUUGGUGACGAAGGCAGAUGCCGUAGUAGUGCAGAAGCUGAAAGAGGAAUUGGAAACAUUCAAGGGACACACCUUGGGGUCACAUGUAGCGUUGGAAAACGCAAUCAAGGAUGUCGAAGACCAAGUAGUUUUCUUUGACUCCGAGAUCGCGCAUUCAGUUUGGGAUCAGACAUUGCAGGAAGUCAUACGUGGUGAAGCCGAAGGGCCCUUCGAUCUGAGUGAGGUGCCUUCGGACUUUCCACUCAGCAGGGAAUCCCCAAAACCUCACACGCUUGACGUGGUGGCAGCGAUGAUCAGCACAGUGAUGGGCUACGCCGAAGGCGAUCACGCCUGGGUGUCGCGGAGUUUUGACCUGAGACCGUGUGGGGUCAUCGCAGUGGCCUCUCCUGAGCAUGAGGCGGAAGAAGACAGCCCUGACAAACAUGCAUUGGGCGAUGGUUUGAGGCACAUUUUCGCGGGGAAGGCUACUGGCACUUUACAUGCACGUGCCAGCCCAAUUCUGCGAUACGUCAUGUGGUGUGACAAGAAGGGCAAUCCUGCCUUCCCGUUGGUUGAGGCGUACCUGAGGAAAAGGCGUACCCUGCAGAAAGAUCCUCUCAGUGUGGCCAUGGUUGAGCACUUGGAGAAAGUCGUCAUGGCAGACAGGUAUCCAGAUCGAGACAGGGUGGCUGCGGGGUGCUUUUUGCUGUGCGUAUUUUUCAGGGCCCGUUUUUCAGAUAUGAUGAACUUGCAGGACCUCAUUUUGGAUGAACUGAUAGUGGACGGCACUGCCCAGGGUUACAUCGAAGGGAAGGUUGGUCGAACAAAAUCAGCCUACACCACUGAAAUGAAAACGAUGUAUCUUCCUAUGGUUGCACCGCGUUAUGGUGUUACUGGGCAAGACUGGUUCAGUGCAUGGCAAGAAGCUUGUAUCAGAUGUGUCAAACCCAAGGGUGAGUCAAUGCCAAUGCUCCCAUACCCUUCUAAGAGCGGUUGGACGAGGACGCCAUUGGGUGCUGGAGAAGGUGCUGACUGGCUGCGACAGUUAUUGCAGGUUUCUGGCAUUCCAAGUGGAUCCAUGGGAAACAUUGGAACUCAUUCCCUCAAGGCCACGACACUCAGUUGGAUGGCUAAGUUUGGGGCGCCCAUCAGUAUCAGGCAGCACUUGGGUUACCACAUGCCGAGUGCUGACAAGAUGGCACUUCUGUAUUCUCGUGAUGCAUCAGCUGGACCCAUCCGUAAGCUGGAAGAAUGCCUUGCUGAGAUCAGGGCAAAGUCUUUUGUCCCAGAUGCCACACGAUCUGGUUAUUUUCCGAUGCAGGCACAACGACCUGAUCCUGAUGUUGAGCAGGGCCUUUCUGGACGUGGUUCAAAUGGGCAUGACUGGGCAACUGAUUUCAGCGAUUCAGAUUCGGAGGACCCGAGAGAUGAUGAGCAUGCCUUCGAAGAGCAGCAGUUGAAUGAGGAGGCCAUGGACCACGUCGUAGGCCCUUGGGAUGAGCAUGCAACACUGGAAUCCUUGGGCCUUCAUGAAGAUGCCCCGCUCUUCAGGGCCCGUGCGGCUGCGCUUGGGUUGACAGAUGACGUCGUUGAAGCCUUGUGCACCAAUGGUGUGAACACACUUGCAAAGUACGCCUUCAGUUCUGCAUAUGUCCCAGGAAAUUCAGAUGAGGCCCCAUUUGUGACAGCCAUGACAACCGCUUUAGGUGCAGAUCCAACCCUUGGACAACUUGCAUCACUAAGGAGGCUUUUCCAUGAGGCCUACAGCCUUACAGCAGCGGAGCUCAAGCACUCAGUUGAACGGGUCGAAGACAUGCCAGUAAAGAAACUAGCCCAGCCUGAACGUGCAGACAGAUUGAAACGUCAGCAGUCCAAACUGAAGGGUAUCCGUAUUGAAGGAAAACUUGAACCAAGCGACAGGCUGGUAGACCUUGCAGUGUCCUUGUACGAGGAGAACAGACUGCAGCAUGUUGAACUUAGCAGGUGCACUUCGAAAGAACAGGAGGUCUUGAACUCAUCCCAGCGUGAAGACAAACAUGUUGCAAUUGAUGCAAGUGGAGCUGUCCGCAUUCGCGACAAGGAACACAAAAUGGAAGCAGAUUUAUCAUCAGACAUGUUUGUCAGGUUGGCUUUGAUGAGACGAGGCCUCGCCUUUGACCAGGCGAACUUGCUGGACUACCUGGAGCAUGACAGGUGGGUUGAAAAGAUUUUUGACUGUAGGGUUGCGAGUCAGCCGGACGGAUAUUCCAAAAUCAGCAUGCAGCAGAUUGUCAAUGCAGACCGAAAGCUGUUUGUCAAACUUGCAGAAGGGAGCAGAUCUGGCGUCCAGACCACAGCCACAGGCCGACCACUGGAUGCAAUUUUUAGGACCACCAUGGAGCACCCUGAUGUUUUGCACUUGUUGCAGCCGCUGCCAAAUAGCAUUAGCACGUCAGUCAAGAGGACUAGUGAUGCCAGUCACGACAGGCCUGAGGCUAAGGUCCCUAGACCCAAGAAUAAGGGCAAAGGAAAGUCAAAGGGUCAGGGCGGUGGAUCACUUACCAUCAAAAUGCCGGCUGGACUUGAAGGUUUUACAAUUAUGACACAUGCGCAUGGGGGUCAACUCGGAAGUUGCAACGGUCCUUCCUUUCUACUUUGCCUGCAAUGUGCGGCAUCCAAGCCCGCUGCCCUGGUGACCACGAACAUGCCCCGUUUGGGCGCACACGGCAGAGUGACGGAACCUUCAAAUAUGAUUUCCAAAAUGAAACUCUGGAUGAGCUGGGCUGAAGAGCUUGAAGCACAAGAGAGGGAACACAAGCUGAGCCUUGACCUGGAAGUCAGGCAAAUCCUUGCGCCCAAAAGGCUCCUCUUGCUCAGGAAGAUAGCUCGCAGCUUGGAUUGGCCUGAUACCAAUCUUUUUGACGAAAUCGAUGCAGGGUUCAAACUCACCGGAAUCCAGAGCCCUUCAAAUGUUUUUGGACUUGAACCCAGGCCACCGCAAGCCUCUGAAGGGGAGCUCUGGGCCAGUGCAAAAUUCAUCAGACCUGCGUUGAUCGGCAAGGUCAAAAGUGCAGCUCUUGAUACUGAGAGUCAACCAUUGUGGGAUGCUACAAUGGAGGAAGCGAGCAACCACCACUGGAUGACUGGCCCACAUACAGUCGAACAAGUUCAUGAUAUUUUCAAUGGACAGCCAUGGAUACCUGUGAGACGCUUCUCAGUUCUUCAGUCCUCGGGUGAUAGAAUGAAACUCCGGCCUAUUGACGAUUUCGCUGAAAACCGCGUGAACACGGCCUAUGGCUACUCAGAUAAGCUGGAUUUGCGUACCUUAGACCAGGUCGUGUGGAUGACAGCUGCCAUCACCCGUGCGUUAGCCUUGGGAUAUAUCUCAUUUCGAAGGAGUGAUGGGACCCUGCUGGAGGGGAAGGUCCACUCCGCUUAUUUGGAAGAGGGUGGUGGCCGACCUCUCCUUUCUGUUUUGGAUUUGUCAUCAGCGUACAAACAAUUUGCGAUUAGCAAAGACUGCAGGCGGCUCUCUGUUAUCGCCCUUAAGGAUCCUUCAGACAGUUCUUGCAAGUGUUUCAUUGGCAAUGUGCUGCCAUUUGGGGCGACAGCCAGCGUGGUUCACUUUAACCGCGUGUCCCGGCUGAUCCAUUCCAUUGGGCUCCAUGCUGGACUACUCUGGGGAAAUUAUUUCGACGAUUUUCCUAUGGUAGCACCUUGCAUUUUGAAGCAGUCCUCAAUGAACAUGGCCAAGCUCCUACUUGAUUUGCUCGGGUUCGAGUUUGCUGACCAUAAACUGAAGCCCUUUGACGCAAAGGCCACGGUUCUUGGGGUUGAGAUUGACACCAGCAAAGCUAUGGAUGGUUUUGUCCUGGUGAGGAAUAAGCCCGGCAGGGUAACAGAUGUCACGGAUACAGUCAAUGGAAUCCUGGCUCGUGGCACACUGACGUCAAAGGAAGCUAGCCGGAUCCUGGGCCGUAUACAAUUUGCAGAUGCUCAGAUCAUGGGUAGAGUCGGAAGGAUCGCCAUGCACGAGUUCAGGCUUGCCAUUAAAAGCCAAGAGAGCAUCGCCCUGGAUCGGUGUGCCAUUGAAUCACUGCAUGUCCUAAUGGACAGACUUUCUUCUGGAGAACCUCGAAUGAUCCCGUGCUGCGACCAGAGGCGGCCCAUUUUGGUUUUCACUGACGGAGCCAGCGAGGUUUCUGGCCACACUAUUGGUGGAGUUAUGUCCAAUGACAACAAGUUUGAAUAUUUUUCAUGUGCGGUGCCGGAGCGCCUGGUUGAGGAAUGGGGAUCCAUGUUUUCCCACUUCAUAGGACUCGUGGAGAUGUAUGCCAUAUUGGUGAGCCGGCUUCUCUGGGAUGAUCACCUUAUUGGGUCACGCACCAUUUAUUUUAUUGAUAACAACAGCUCGAUGGAUGCAUGCAUCAAGGGGACCUCCGGAUCUAAACCUGUCCGAGAGCUGUUGCUGUGCUGGGAGAAAAUGGAAGAGAAAGCCCGGACUUGGACCUGGUUCACAAGGGUCCCGAGUCAGAGCAACCCGGCUGAUGAGCCAUCUAGAGCAUGCCAUGACCUGAUGGUGAAGCUUGGGGCCGUGAGGCGUCAGGCAACUUGUCCUCUGACCGGAGUCGAAUCACUUCAGGAGAUUUUCUACACCAUUUUAUGCCAAUGCGGCGAUGCAAUCUUCCUGCAAUCCGCCAAGAUGUACUGGAAGGCCACUACUUCAGCCCUUGCCAUGAUUGAGGGCCGACACUGCCCUAAUAUCGAUACACCAACUCAGAUCGACCGAAAUGGACCUUUGCGCUGUUUGGCCACACUUUCAGCUCCGCAGUUCGCCCAUUUGGCACAACACGUUGACGAGGCCAAACAAGGAUUGCACGAGUUUUCUGCCUUCUUGCAGGCCUAUGGACAUCCGCAAUCCUUCCAUGAUCAUGCGCAAGACUGUUUACUAAUUCUGGACGAUCUGAGUCAUGUUUUGGGCCUUCCCAGAACACUUCGCGAUGCCAACCAUCCUGGUUUUGCACCCGAAUCGGUCGACUUUACUGUGAAGGCCGUCUUCAGAUUGUUGGGUUGGAGGUUUGCUGAGGAUGGACCGAAGGCGCCACCUUUCAGCAGCAGUCUUGUGGCUCUUGGAGUGCAGUUCGAUGUGUCGAAGUUGCAUCAAGGAUCGGUUAGCGUCUCCAACACCACGAACAGAAGAGAUGAGCUGGCCCAGGCAUUGGAUCAGGCUGUGACGUCAAGAUCCCUUGCAAAGCUUGAAGCCCUUAGAUUGCGAGGACGGAUGCAAUUUGCCUCUGGUCAGUUUUAUGGGCGGCUAGCCCGGCGGUGCCUUGCAGUGGUAACGCAGCAUGCCUAUGGCUCUGAGUCAUCAACAUUGGCUGAGGCUGCAAUACAUGCCCUGUCUCGCUUCAGAGACAUGCUGGUCAAUGGUGUGCCGAGGAUGAUUUCAUCGAAGGCCACGACAACUUGGUUUAUCUUCACCGACGCUUCACAUGAACCACAUGAGGCGGAACCUUUCUCUGGCGUUGGUGGGGUCUUAGUGGACCAGUUUGGUUGCAGGCGCCGCUUCUUUUCAGAACAGCUAUCACCUGACCUCUUGCGUGAAAUCAAUGUGUCUCAAAGGAAGACAAUAAUCUACGAAUGCGAAUUUUUCUCUGUGCUUUGUGCCAUGAUUGUUUGGAAGGAUUUCAUUCAUCAGUGCAACGUAGUGAUCCAUACUGACAAUGAUGCUGUCAGGGAUGCAUUCAUCGCUUGCCACACUAGCAGCGCAAAUUCUCUUCCAAUACUUGAUGCUAUCCUCGAAGCUGAGAAUGAUGCCGAAUGCAACUCCUGGAUCACCCGUGUGCCAACAGAGUCCAACAUUGCAGAUGACCCCUCGCAUUGGUCACAGUGGUCACCUGAGUUUCCCUCGUUGCCGACGUCUCCAGAUCGACUUCUGAAAUCCUUCGUGGAGAGACCGCCUGGAAGCACAGGCCUCCGGGCAGUUCAGCAGGCGCUGAAACUUCAAGAAGGUGUUGGUCUCUUCAAACUUCUUUUAGAGGAAGAAUCCAGGGGCGAGGCAGUGGUGCCAAUACCCGCCGUUCCUGCGGAGAGGGAUGGUCUGGUCCCCGGCAUUUUCCCCAACACCCUGGAGGUUCAGCAGCUCUUGCAGGAACUCGACACGGUGAAUGGAACGAUUCGGGCCCUGGACGAGAUGAUGGCAGCUGAGAACAUCCCGUUGGCAGAUUGUUUGGGUACGUCCUUUGUUCCAACAUCGGAGGCCCCUCUUGCGACCUUGCCGGGGCUCCAGAUCCCCAGUUCAGCGACCUUGCCUGGACUGCCAGAUCCAAUGGUUUCGCCACAAGGCUUGAGCAAUGUUCUCACCAGGGAUGCUCCCCCCAGUCGUCGGUUGGCGGAUGCUGAAGACACAGCUCACGUGGCUUCACUUCUAUGUUCUCCUGACAGUCCUCAACCACUUCAAGACCUGUGGGAGCCCGGUCCUAGUUCCAAGGUUUCUCCAAAACCACCGGACUCGCAGCAGCUUUUCCAAGUGGUGCCAGUCGAAGUGGGGGAAGCUCAAGAGGCACCGGUUGAGCCACCAGUGGCAUCCGAAGCGCCACCCUUGGAGUCGACUGCCAUUGGAAGCUCCCAAAAGCUGGUGAUGGAGGGUCCUUGGACUCAGAAUCUGAUGGAUGUGUCAAAUGUGCAACAUAGAAAUGGAGAGCAAUCUGGUGAAGGGCAUCUUGGACAUAGAAAUGGACAUAGAAAUGGACAUCUUGGACAUCUUGCAUCGCCAUUGCCGCCGUUGGAGGAUGCAAUUGAGAGUUUCUCCGAAGAUUUGGUGCUUCAGUCGCAGGAUGCCAUCCAAGCUACCGAGCCGAUGCUGGUUCCACAGGAACUGCAGCCUGACCAUAGAAAUGCCGACCAGUUUGGACCUCCAAACUCAAAGAAUCUGCAGGACACGCAAACAGCUAUGGUUCAAGCUGAAUCCACCAGGAAGAACCUUGACUCAGCUUUUUACAGGAAUGUCAUUGAUGUGACGGAUGAUCACCUUUCCCAGACAGCUGUGACUAGUGGAUUUGUUCCAGCUCAAGCCAUGGCAAUGGUGCCCCAUUCCCAGAAAGCUCAGGUGAACCGGGCGCCACGCCGCGUUCCACUCACUGAUGCGGUGGGUCGUCCGCUCAAGCGUCGCCGUCCCGCGCUGCUGUCGCAGCAUCUGCGGUCGCAUGGCUUGACGCAACAAAUGACGGCCUCGCAGCGUUUGUGCGUCAGCCUUGCUCGGCGGCGCCAAAGCCGACAGGGAAAGGCUUGGAUCCUGUCACAGGCGGCACAGGCGAGCACUCAGAAAUCCUCCCGAAAAAUGUCAGACCAUCCGGACCACCAAACUGCCAAAGUUGCGGUUUCGCAGGGAAAAUCUCCUGAAAGGCCAAAUGUUCUGUUCACUGGAUUCUCGCGCAGUGAUUUACAUCAACUGAAGCAAUCUGUGAAUUGCUUGGGAGGAUCAGCUGUGAGGGAUUUGCCAACAGGCCGAAGUGCUGCAGAGACUCGUGUGGUAGUUCGAUGCACCGUCUCAGAAGGUCGCCAGAUCGCCGGGGCUCGAACCAUCAAAUACCUGGAUGCGGUGCUUGCGGGUGCGUGGGUCCUUUCGCCUGACUGGGUGCAUGAAUCGAUGAGAGCAGGGCAUUGGUUGGCUGAGGGCAAGUUUGAAUUGCAAGGGGAUACUGCCAAGAUGGGUGGGCCUUCCCGAGGGCGACAACAUGGCCCAGAACUUUUUGCUGGAUUCCGUUUCCACUUCGUGGCUCAGGUCAGAAAGCCUAAGAAGGACCGUGCAGAAGGACCUGCUCCUCAUGAGCUUGUGCGAUUUGCCCGACGGGCUGGAGCGGAGGUUGUGGAUACGCUUCGAAAGCUUCCGGAUGCGAAGGAAGAUCCACCACAUCUUGCCGACGAACUCUUAUCAUCCAAAAGGAAACGAAAGCGCUCAUCAAAUUCGACGAAGGAAACUUCCGGCUUCCCCAAUUUGUGGUGGCGUAAACCAAUUAUGGUCACGGUGCCUUCAAAAGCCACGAAGGGACGUGGUUCGGAAAGAACCACACGACUUGCUGAAGAACUUGGGUGGGUAAUCCUACCCUCGAGCUGGAUGCUUGACUGCAUCUCUGGUGGUGAGGUCUGCUUGCCCACGGAUGAGAAGGGUUAA